AUGGAUCCGUCGUGGCAGCAGUAUCCCGACUCGGCCGGUGCCUCGCGACGACAUAACGGAGGAGGACAAAUGCCCCGGGAAUAUGCAGGCCAGCCGCCCCCUCCUGCCGCCGCGUCCUACGGUCCUGAUCAUCAUGGCUCUUAUCACCGCGCCGCUCUUCCUCACGCCCACGCCCUCGCCUAUGCUCAUCCCUCAAACCUCCCGGGACCCAGUGCCAAUCACGAUCCCAAUCCAGCCACCGCCUCUCCCAUGUCCAUCGGGCCCUCUGCUCGCGACGGCAACGGGGACAUUGCCAUGCACGACGCCCACGACGCGCAUUCCGGCAUCAAAUAUCCCAUGAGACCGCACCACCAGCCUCUCCCCUCCAGCGGUCGCCCCUCCAACCGUCAGUCGACCCUGGAGCAACAACAAACUUCGUCUGCUGCACAGCGGUACUCGCCCAUGGACACGCUGUCGCCCACUUCUCCCUACACACCCAAGUCGAGUCAGUUCGCGAACCCGCCUCCUCGAACACAGUCCCCCAGCGGCCAGCUAGACUAUGCCCAGAGUCCCUACUACCCUGGACGUCAAACUGGUCAACACUUGCCGCCAAUCACCCCUUUUGCCUCAUCCCAAGAUGGCUACCCUUCCCCCGCCGUCGCCAACCUGGAUCCAGCCUUUUCCAAUGGACCUAAAUCGCCCGUACGACCGGAUCCUGCUGCGCAAAAACCUGUCCCCGAGUUCCGCAAGGUGCGAGCCCUGACCGAACUUCGACCCAAGAACAACCGGCAACCGGCCUUUCGACGAGCAAACCCCGAGGGAGGCUUUAUCAGUCCUCUCCAAGCCCUCACAUCUCAUUUACCGGCGACGUACCGCAUCUGCAAUCCUGGAUUUAAAUAUGAGACUUCACGAAAUCCUCGCCGAGUCCUUACUAAACCAAGCAAGGGAGUCAAGAAUGAUGGCUAUGACAACGAAGACAGUGAUUAUAUCCUUUACGUGAAUGAUAUUCUGGGAUCCCCCCCCCCCCCCCCCUUGCGGAAGCACACACGGCACUUGAUUGCCUGUAGCAACUCGCCGUCUGUCCCGCAGUUUCGACUCACAUUUCAUUAUAGGAAUCGUUACCUCAUCCUGGACGUUCUUGGCCAAGGAACCUUUGGUCAAGUCGUCAAGUGUCAAAACUUGAAGACGCAAGAAGUUGUCGCCGUCAAGGUCAUCAAGAAUCGCACGGCCUACUUCAACCAGAGCAUGAUGGAAGUUUCAGUACUCGACCUGCUCAAUACGAAACUCGACAAGAACGACGACCAUCACCUGCUGCGACUGAAGGACACCUUUAUCCAUCGACAGCAUCUUUGUCUAGUAUUUGAAUUGCUGAGUGUCAACCUUUACGAGCUCAUCAAGCAGAACCAGUUCCGAGGACUCAGUACUACCCUCGUUCGAGUAUUUGCGCAACAACUUCUCAACGGCCUUGCCUUGUUGAACAAAGCUCGCCUGAUCCAUUGCGAUCUAAAGCCCGAAAACAUUUUACUCAAGAACCUCGAAAGCCCCAUUAUCAAGAUUAUCGAUUUCGGCUCCGCUUGUGACGAGCGGCAAACGGUGUACACCUAUAUUCAGUCCCGAUUUUACCGCUCACCUGAAGUCCUUCUCGGCCUGCCAUACUCUUCAGCCAUUGACAUGUGGUCCUUGGGCUGUAUCGUUGUGGAGCUCUUCCUGGGUCUGCCGCUCUUCCCCGGAUCGUCAGAAUACAAUCAAGUCUCACGGAUUGUUGAGAUGCUUGGAAACCCCCAGAAUUGGAUGAUUGAGAUGGGCAAGCAGGCAGGAGAGUUCUUUGAGAAGCGCCAGGACGAAUUCGGCAGACGGACAUAUCAUUUGAAGAGCAUGGAACAGUACGCACGCGAGCGCAACACCAAGGAACAGCCCAGCAAGAAGUACUUCCAGCAAAGCACGCUGCCCGACAUUAUCAAAUCGUAUCCUAUGCCGCGCAAAAACAUGAAGCAGAGCGAAAUCGAUCGAGAAAUGAGCAACCGAAUUGCCUUUAUCGACUUUGUACGAGGACUGUUGACUAUCAACCCCCUCGAGAGAUGGUCUCCUCAGCAGGCCAAGUUGCAUCCAUUCAUCACGCAACAGAAAUUCACUGGUCCUUUUGUUCCUCCAAUGAACCUCAAAGCCAGCUCCCUAAACCGAUCUCCCGCACCAGGAACGCAACAGCAGCAACAAGCCGAGGCUUUAAGCAAGCAACGUGCUCAGGCGGCACAAGCUCAAGCCAAUUCGGCUGCGCAUUCGGCCGCACAGGGAGCAUAUGCCAACAUGGCUGCCGCUGGCCAGUAUCCUCAGCAGUCAGGGCAUGUUCAGCCCCCCAUGUACACAGCCAACCCUGUUUAUUCGCCCACUGCCGGCAACCAUGGCAAUAUGGCGCCACCCUACGGACCCCAGGCAGGUCAGUACGGCCCAAUGGUCAUGGGCCAGCCUCCCCAACCGAUGCCAUCUGCGCAGUACGGCAACGUCUCCCAGCCGAAUAUGUACCAGCAAGGAGGCAUGAGGACCAACCGGCAGAGGGCCUCAACUAUGGAGCAGCAGCAAAGUGGCAUCCCGGCCGCUAUCCAGCGAGUGGCAAGUCACCUUGACCCGAACCAGCCCAUUCGUCUGCAACCUAGCCCGGCUUAUUAUCCUCCUCCCGGUGAAGGUGUCAUCGGCAUGGAUCAUACACCUGGUCGCGCUGGUCGACGUGGAAGCAGAGCCCAGCAAGGUGGCAGAGGAAAUCGCGACUUCAUUCGCAAUCUCGAAGAACGCACCUUGGAAGAAGGGUUCAUGGGAAAUCAAAACCCGUGGCAUUGA